AGCAAACACUUUAAAGCAUCACCACUGACACUGCGGAGAAGAUCCACUAAACUCCCUUCCAGUUUGGUUAUUUCUGUGAAUUCUUCAUCAGACGUAGCCAACAGAAAAUCUGUCAUGUGUUCUCAAGGCUCAGACAGCGAGGCCUUCAUUCCAUUUGAUAGUUCCGGACUGCUUAGUGAUUAUAACAUCCUAGAGAUGUGUGCUGAUGGAUUGGCACUUCAGAGUGUUCUGCUUUCAUGUAAUCCCGAGGAUCUUGUAAAGAAACGAUCAGCAAUGAUUGAUGUUACCAGAAAAUGCAAGUGGUCACUGCUCAAUAUAGUAGAACCAGUAGAAAUCAGUGCAAGUUUUACCUCUCAUUGUCAAGAGCAAUCAGCCAGAGUCCUACUGGAGAAUGGAGGAUACAGCACAUACCAGGAAUUAAUUAACAUUGUGGACAAGAACACGAUUCUAGAAGUAGACAGACAAGAUGGCCAUGUUCAUGAUAGAAAAGUAGAAGAAUCACACCCACCAUACAUGUGUGAGUGGAAGAAAUAUUUAACUCCAGUAGCGACCUGCACAUUCAGCUGGACUGAUCUUCUUCUCUGCCCAUCAGUGAUAGCUGACCUGAAAAAACUGGAAAACACAAAAUGUCAGCAAGACAACGAUACGCUAUGCAAGGAUAUCCUGGAAAAGUACGGCUCUCAUGUGAGUACAAGCAACACGUUUGGUGGAAUAUAUGGAGUGAAAGUGGAAAGCACAAAGUUUAGUGAAGAGUUCAGAGAAACAAGAAGGCUGUUAAAGGAGAUUGUAGAUGAAGUUGACUUCUCAACAGAUACAUCAGCAUUUCAGGAACAAUUUAAUCAUCUGAACAAUGGAGAACUUGCAGAAAACUCCACAUUAUCUUUACAAAUCUUAGGAGGCCCAGAUCACUUUCUUGCCUUGGAGGACUGGAGAAAAGGCCUUCAGUCUGCCAGCAGCACAUGGAAAGUUAUAGACAGAGGACCUUUGGACCAAUAUGUGCCAGUGUGGAGGAUCAUAAGUUUAAACCAUAAAAAUGAUUUUAUUCAUUAUGAAGCUGUAUCAGAUAUGAUAAAAAGAUAUUGGGAAAAAGAGACUGGAGUGCAGGAUACUAGCAGUGACCUUGAGAAAUUAAUGACUUGUGAAGAUUUGGUGCAAAGUCUGAUUGAAAAUGCAGAAAUAUGGAGCAGACUGUCAGAAGACCAAUUCACUGAGAAGUGUGUCGAGUUUCUCACUGAAUUCACUAAAGUGCACUUUCAGUUAUGGAUGAAUCAAUCUGAUGAAACUGAUCUCUACUGGCGUCAAAAUGUUAUUUGUCACAACACCAUUCAGGACUUCCUCAUGAGGCUGGUCAGCUGUUUGGACUCAAAAGAUUUUCCUUCUUUACUGAAAGUAGCUUUAUUUGAGCAAAUACAAAACUUAGUUGAGAAGUACAUUUUUUCAAAUCCUACUUCCUUUUCAUGUUUAAACACAAUAUUAUCAUAUAUAAACAGGUAUGUGACUAUUGAAGAAGGAAAACAGUUUUCCACUUAUGAUGAUGAAAAUCGACUGAUUUCCAGAAUCAAAAAACAAGUCUUAUACAUCACUCCUACAAAUGAACUCAUCACAGAAAUGCUCCUCUAUAAUGUUCUUGUAGCUCUCAUCAGACUGAAGCAGAUUUUGGCCAAGACAGAUGAAGGACAUCUGCAGUAUCUGAUCACAGCCAUCUUCUAUGAGAAUUUAAAGAGUGAGGUUCCAUUAAAGACUGAUGUGUGUGUUAGAAAAUGGAAAUCAAUGACUGAUAAAAUCCUCAAACUAGAACACCAUAUAAAAGAGCUCCGGGGAAUGAGCAAAGAAGAAGGACAAGCAUCUGUGUUCAUAAUAGCACUGGAAGACAAAGAACUUUUGGACAAUAGUAAAAAAGAAGCAGAAUCAGUGAUCCAAACCCUUAUGGAAGACAUGGGCUCUGAACUGUGUGCAUCUCUUGAACAGCUAAUUGAGAAAUAUACUGGAAAUUCUGCUGAAUUAAAAGACGAGUUAAACUUAAUCAGAAAACAGAGCAUCACUCAGACAGAAUUAAUGAAAUGCAAAUUGUGUGAAAUCGGAGAGCUGGUAUGUCAUGAUGUGUCUAAACAGCCAGAGCACAAGGGGCACUCGGUAAACACGAAUGAAGUUUUAGAAACACUUGGCUUAGAAGAAUACUGCAAUGAGAAACUCAGCAUGAGACACAUUAAGAAGAUCAGCUCACAAACAAUACAAUCAAACAAACCAUCAGAACUUCAAGAGGUCCCGUGGUGUUUCAUUCAAAAGCUCAUGAUGGUACAUUCAGGUGCAUUGAAGCUGAAGUGCCUAGAAAGUCAAUGUGCUAAAAAACAUAAAGGCCAGUUAGAAGAUGAAGAAAACGAAGAUGACUGGCUGCUUUCUGAUGAUACAGAGGACACACUUGUCUUAAAUCCACUUGACGUUAUAGUUGCCGUUUUUAUGUGUUCUGAUCACUUUGUUCGACAGGAGCUGGUGCAGAAAAUGUCAAUGUGCCAGAUUUCAGUGCCCUUCUUGUUACCAAAUUUUAAUGGCAGUAGCUACAUUCUUCAAUGGGCACUACGUGCUAUUAGGAAAAAAUGGUAUCAAAUAUUAGAAGGAAAUAAAAUUUCUGUUAUUGAGAAGGACAUCGUAACACACCAAAUGCUCGCAGUCACAUUUAUCAGAUUGGGGGAUCUCCAGCGUUCAAAGUCGGCCUUCCUCAACAGUCUCCUCUGUGGCUCUCAGGGUCAUCACAAUUUCUAUAUUCAUUCUGAAAUGGAAGGUGGAGAUGUUUCACGUAAAAUUUCCAGUGGCCUUGUUGAGCUCAGCUGGUAUUUACCACAAGAAAAGGAAAAUGAAGGGCGGUUAUUGGAGCCAAUGGUGGUGAUGAACCUCAGAGGAGAUGCAAAGUCGCUGUCCACACAGGUGGGCUUUCUUUCUGAGGUUUCCUCAAUGAUCUUUGUCUUUGUGGAUGAUAUUGGAGAAAAAGAGGAGAAUGUGAUUGCUACUCUUUCAAAGUCCAAAUCAAAUUUCUUUUUGUUAUUAAAUAUUACAAGUAACAAAACAGAAGCAGUUACAAAAAGACUGAAACAUUUAAAGUCAAUAUGUGAAAUCACAAGAGAUAACGUUUUAGUACGUGGAAAGAAAAACAAUGAGGAGUUUGUAUCUGCUGUUUGGUCAGCCAUAUGUAAAGCAGAGAGAAGAUACGUAACCUUAGAAGGAAUGUCUGGUGCUUGCCGUAAAAUGGGCUUUUACAUUGACGAAGAUUACCCGCCAUGCAAGACUGGAAGAGAAAACGCUGACAAAGUUCUUUCUGAUCUCAACCCUGAUAAGAUUGUUGAGCUUAAAGAAAAAAUAUUUCCUUUCCAAGGGCUGCACUGGCAUGAAUUCUCUAGAAUUGACAAGGAAUAUCAAAGAUUAAAGAAUACUGGCAAAAAAACACCUUUGGAAUACGCUAAGGGAUUAGAACAGAAAAAGAAGGAGCUUCGUCAGAAGCAGUUGGAAAAUGAGCUUUCACCUGCUAUUAAGAUGUUUAUUGAAGCUCUCCUGGGGAGCACCAAUGACGAGCGACUCUUCUUUCUGCACUGGAUGAAGUUCAAACUGGACUCCAUUUCCUUAACAAUCCUACCAAAGAUACAAGAAAAGCUGGUGACUCAAAUUACAGGAACACAUGAGAAGGAACAAUUACUUAACAGGCUGAGCAGGAGCUCCAUGGGAUUAGAGCACUUCCUGCGUGAAAUCGGUCAGAUUUAUGAGGCCUCGUUUUAUUGUAGUGAUCCUGACUUGAAGAAACACUUAACUAAAUUACCAAGUGCUGCGGCUGACAUGUUGCUUUCUGGAUUUCCAGUUGAACUCAUUGAUGGAGAUGUCUCCAAUAUUCCCAUAAGAUGGGUGUCAGAUGUUUUAAAACAAGUCCAGAUAAAAACACAUCCUGACACUCGAAUUUUUGUCUUGUCAGUUCUCGGUUUACAAAGCACUGGUAAGUCCACACUUCUCAACACCUUGUUUGGCCUGCAGUUUGCAGUGAGUGCUGGGCGGUGCACACGGGGGGCUUUCAUGCAGCUCAUCUGUGUGGACCAACAUAUGAAAGCUGAGCUUGGAUGUGAUUACAUUAUGGUGAUCGACACAGAGGGGCUGAGAUCAGAGGAAUUAUUGAGAGUUACAAACAAUUAUGAACAUGACAAUGAACUGGCGACACUGAUAACUGGACUAAGUGACAUUGUCUUAGUAAAUCUGUCAUCAGAAUCCAAUUCAGAAAUACAGGAUAUUCUCCAGAUCAUUGUCCACGCCUUAAUAAGGAUGAAGGAAGUUGGGAUUAAACGAAGCAUUUACUUCAUUCACCACAAUGUCUCUGACCUCUCCGCCAAUGUCCUCAAUUUGUCAGGAGUCACACAGCUUUUGAAACAACUUGAUAUUCUCACACAAAUGGCAGCAAAACAGGAAAACAAAGAAGAAACUUACACUAAAUUUUCUGAUGUGAUUCAUUACGACAUCAAGAAGACAAUGAAAUACAUGCCAGGGUUGUGGCACAGUCCGCCGCCGAUGGCAUCUGUCAGUAGCAGGUACAGUGAGAAAGUGUUUGAACUGAAACAGGAGCUGGUGGAGCACAUUAAACAACAAAGAAAGAAACGAUUACCAUUAACAAUCUCAGACUUCAUCACCUUAAUGGAGGACUUCAGCAAUGCGGUCAAAUCAGAGGAUUUCAUAUUCAGUUUUCAGAACAGUCUGGCGGCUGUUGCAUAUUCAAAACUCUCAUCUGAGUACAGCAAAUGGAAAUGGGAAAUUCAGAAAAGCUUCACAGAGUGGAAGGAAGAAGCAGAGCGGAGAAUUAAAAACUGUGACGAGAUUGAUAAUUUAGUGCCUGCAUUAAAAAAUGAGGCUGAUGAGUUCACAAGGAAGCAGGAACUGAAAGGACUUGAGAAACUUCAGGACUAUUUCACCAGUGAUGUUAAUAACAGAGAACUAAUUGAAAGCCACAAACAUCAUUUUGAGGUGAACAUUAAGACACUUUGCUUGGAAUGUAAGGGAAAUGCUGAGAGGAAAUGUGAAGAAUUCAUCAAACUUCAUCAAAGUCUUAUUGAUUUUCAAAAGCUAAUUCAUAAAUAUGGAGAAGAGAUUGAGCAGAAAGUUAAUGAGCUGGUGCAAAAAUGUAAACUGGAGGAAAGUGAACUUACUGAAAUUCAACUUAAAGAAGAAUUUGAGAAGAUGUGGGAAAAAAAUGUGAAGUCCUUUAAAAUGCCAGCAGAUCAUGUCAACAUCAGAGCUGACAUGGAGAACGCUCUAAUGGCCGAUGAAUCAAAAAGGAAAGACAUAAAGGAAAAACUGAGGGAAUCUCACCUCUCACAAAUGGAAUAUAAAUAUUUCAUCGCCACAGAUAAACAUGUGAACACCAAGUCUUCUUACUUGUAUAAUUCAUGGGAAUUGACUAAGCAAACUGUGUCAGAUAUUAAAGGAAAGGCACAUUCAUGGUGGAAUAAAAAUACAACUGAGAUGGUAGCCAGUAAUGCAGAUAAAGAAAUUGGCUCAAUGAGGUUUGAAGGUGGUCUCCAAGAAAAGGACAUCCAGAGAACAGUCAGUAAAGAAGGUCAUCAUGUGAAUAAAUCGUGGCGCUCUAAUGCUCAUGUCAUGAAGGUUCAGAAGACUGCAGACUCUCUAAUAAGUAAGUGUAACAAGUACCUGGCCGACUUGAUAGAUAAGACCACAGAUUACGAUCAGAGUUACUGCACAGGUGUCAUUAAAGAAAUAGACAAGCAAAUUAAGAAAUUAGGGGAAGGCAAUAAAUUGGUUAACAGCCAGUUUCAUGUGGACAUCAAGCUGCACAUCUGUGGAACAGCAGUAUAUCAUUUUCAGGAAAUGCAUGACAAGUUUAUGAGAGAACAUAAUGUAGUAGAUAAACUUCAAGAAAGUAAAGAUGCUUACUGGGAAACAUUUAGUGAGAUGUAUCAUGAACGAGAUCUGAGUAAGAAGGUGACAAAUCAGUUCUACAACUUGUGUCUCAAGCCGUCCCUCAUAGACGAGAUCCAAAAGCAGCUCUCAAGGCGCAUUUUAAAACAAAUGAGACAGACGUGGGCACCAGUUGUUCUUGAAAACAUCACCAAUUUUCAAUUGUCCCUCCUGGUCAGCCUGCAUGAUGGAGAGGACUUUGAGGCCUACAAGGCGUACAUCACGGACAACGAUUGGUUUGCUGAAGAGUGGCUGGCGGCGCAGGCAGAGGAAUUCUGCAGAAGUAAGCUGAACGGCAAAACACAAUUUUCUUUAUUGUUAGAGGAGAUAAUAAGCAGUCUUUCUGAGAAACUGAUGAAAAUCCUGGAUACAAAGGAAGUAAAGGAAGUAAACACAGGUAAAGAACUACUGCAUAUGCUAAUGAAAGAAAUGGAAAAGAUAAUGGUCCUAAAGAAAGAAAACCUAGGCAAUAUUAUGUUUAAGAACAUGGGCGAUGCAUCACAUCUCAUUGAAAAUCUGCGUGAAGCAAUACAAGUGUUACAGAAGGAAGUGAUAGAAGAAGCAAACAAAUGGGAUCCCAGCUCUAAAGUAAGACGUCUGCCCAAUCCACCACACAAGGAAAUGAUGAGCUUUUUGAAGGGCUGUGGGAAGAAAUGUCCAUUUUGUGGGACACCAUGUGAGCUGGAAGGGAAUGACCACCAACAUUAUUCAAGAAACCAUCGAGUACUGACCAUUGAAAAAAAGGCAAAACAUCAUCACCUCUCAAGCAGAACAAGACUUCAAAAAUUUAACUUUGUAUUUUGGAGAAAAGCACAUCAGAAGACAGUCAACUGCAUAUUUCACAAAGUCCCCAUGAAAGGAUAUGAAGUGCACAGCCUACUAAAUGAUAAUUGGGGUCAACUUUACAAAGACUACACUUCCAUUUACUGGCAGUUUGUUUACAAAAAAUAUUAUAAAGAGUUUGCACAAUGGCACAAGCAUGAGCCUGUCAGGAUAAGAGUUAAUAUAACAAAGCAUGAUGUGAAAACCCACCUGGAAAAAGUCUAUCAGGUACACCUUGAUGGUCUGAAGAUUCACGAAUCAAAAACAACAAUCUCAAGAGUGAUAAGCAAAUGGAAAGAAAUGAAGGUAACUACCAAAAAUGAAAAGUUGUAAAAUAAGUUUUAGAUGAGAGCUUCAAUUUGAAAAUGUGAGGGAUAUUAAUCUGCCUAAUGUGUCCUACUGCAGUCUCCUGACUCAAGAUGAUUAACAGCUUCUCAUCAUAUUACACAAAAGAAAUCACUGAAUGAACACGCAUUGGUGGCUUUUGUCCUCUCAGAUAUUUUUCCUGUUCUUGUAACUUCAAUAAAUCAAUGUCUCAAGUCAAUGUCUGUUUGAUGCCAUUCAUUUCAAGACCUGGAAGACAUGGAUUAUUUGAGGACUGUUAUGUAUAACCACGGUCAUUGAUGCCAAUAUAAGUAAGACAAGUAAACUCCUGGGACAAUGCCCUGUUUUGACUAAGCUUAUUGUUGGGAGGAAUGCUCUAGAGGACCGUAUAUAUUAACAAGGGGUCCUGGUGAUUUCUGAUUGCCCCAUUAACUCCUAUCUAUAUCCUCCGAUUCUAUGUAAUUAUUUUGGAAAGAUACCACAAAUGUUACUUGUUAGUCUUUACUCUUUAUUAGUUUUAUUUUAUUUUAAAUACUGUAAUCAUUUGCUAUACA